AUGAAUAACGAAUAUAUUAGAAGGAAAGUAGCAGAUAAAGAUAUACAAUUAUGUUUGAUAUGUCAUAAAUUGACAUCAACGGUGUUGUUCAAUAAAUCCGGACCUGAUUGGAUAUAUUCAUGUGAUAUCCACUUGGACGAUAAUCCACAGUUUGUUGUCCCAUUACAUUCAGAUGAAUAUUACAAAGCUGUUGAAGAAUUGAGGUGUUGUCAAGAAAGAUUGAGUCAGCUAAAUAGUAAAGAUGAACAGUCGAAGUCUUGGGAUGGUUGGAUAACCACUAUUUUCAAUAAAAAAAGGGAAGUAGAAAAGAAUAAGAAUAAAGACAAAGAUACGAUUGAUGAAGAAAUUAAAGAUAAUAACACUGGUAAUAGUACUAGUAAAGCUGAUGCUACUCCUGAAUUAGUAAGAAAAGAAUUGCAAUUGAAAUAUGACACAGCAUUAGAGACAAUGACUAUGUUACAAAAGCAAAAUAAACGUUUUAAACUUAGUGAUAAAAUGUUUCAACAUAGACUACAAUUUCAUAGAGAUCAAAAACGUAGAUUACAUCAACUCAAGAAGCAAGAAGAAUUGAUGAAAAGGGAAGCUGCAAACUAUAGCAAUACAGAUCCCUCUGAAUUAAUAUCAAAAUUCAAUUUCCCAACAGCUCCUAAAAGUAGUCUUGAGUAA